AAUCCGCAAAUAGGCCAUUUUGAUCAUUCCAGUUUUUCCAAGAUGAAUUUUAUUAUAAAUAUUGAUUUUUAGCACAAAGACUUCACGUUAUACGUGGAGAUAUUGGUAUCUGAGAGAGCACGCUAUCUAACAAAUAUGUAAUUAAUAACUUUUUGUUGUAAUUUGUGGUGAUAAAAACAAUUUUAGUGAUAAGUCGCUUACAAUACAAAAUGGUGUCCGUAAAAGAAGAGGUCGAUGUAAAAAUGAAGAUGGAAUAUGAUCAAGACCAAUCUGGAUGGAAAGUAAAAGAAGAAUUUGAGAGAAAAGACCCAACAUCAUUUCUGCCCGAGGAGCCAAUGUCGUAUGAAAUCAAAGAAAAGAAAAAAAAGAAGAAAAAGAAAAAACAAGAAGACCCCUUCAAAGAUAUAGAACAGAAGCAACAAGACGUCUUCACAGAACCAUCGUUGGAAUUGAAAUUAGAUCCAGAAGUAAAUAUUAAAGUUGAAAACAUUGAAGUCGAACUGGAUUUUAAUGAUUUUGACAAUGGCAGUGGGUUAACUGACGCCCUGCCCGACGAUACCCAGGAGCCAGUUGUGAAACUCGAGCAAAACCAGCAUGCGUUGCUACUAACUUUUGAGAGUGUCAUUAACGAACACUCUGUACUCGGAUUAAACAAAGAGAAUAAUGAAGUUGAAUCUGAACACGAGGAAAACGUCAAAAUUGCGCCUACAUACUUGUGCAAAGUCUGCCACCUAGUUUUCAAGUCCACGAAAACUCUAAGAAUGCAUCAGAAAAGGAAGCACAAAGUGUACAGACGGUCGUUCAAACACAUCUGUGACUAUUGUGGCAUGUCGUACGAGACUAAAAACAGUCUUAUUGCACAUAUUAGAAGAAAACAUGGCCCUGAUUCAACGCCUGAAGAUAAGGAGGAACGGACUUGCGAAAUAUGCGCGUUAGUCUUCAAGGGCAUGGCUAGAUUACGGAUGCAUAUGCAGAGGAAGCAUGGAUCGUUCGUAGAGUCAUUUAAACACGAAUGCAGCGAAUGCGGGCUCACUUAUGACAAAUACAGAAGUCUCAUGGUGCAUUUUCAACGCAAACACAGUGGUGCUAAGAAACCUAUAGAGAACCAAUGGUACAAUUGUCCGUUUUGUCCCAAAAUCUUUACUAGAAGAGAGACGUACGCGCGUCAUAUGCAGAGAAAGCAUAAAGUGUCUGAGGAAGACGCUCCAAACGAAGCUACGCCUAAUUAUUUAGAGAAUUGCAAGAAUGAGCAAACUGGAGAAAUUACUUGUAAAGAAUGCCCUCUAGUUUUCUCUUCCAUCGGCUAUUUGAAGUUGCAUAUGCGAAGAAAACAUAAUGCUUUGAAGGAAUACUUCAGAUUGAAGUGCAGUUUUUGCAAUUUGUCUUACGAUAAAGUAGAAAGCCUUAAAAGGCACGUUAGAAGGAAACACGACCAGGGUUCACACUGUGAGGUGUGCAAUAAACAAUUCGACACGAGAGAAUCCUAUUUAAAUCAUUCACACAUAAGGGCAAUUAAGGAAUGCUCGCUUUGCGGACUAAUUUUCGCGUCGCAAGGUGGUUUGGCAAAGCAUAUUAGGUGCACGCACAAAAUCGACUCCCCUAAAGUAGCCUAUUGCAAUAUCUGCAACGAAGGAUUCCACGACAGACGUCUGCUCAAACCACAUCUACUAAAAGUGCAUUUAAAAGUGUCUUACACGUGUAAAUACUGCAAGAAAAUCUUCAAAGCCAAGGAGAGUUACAGGCGGCAUGUGCUAAUAAAACACUUCGCGAAUAAUCCUUUAAAUGUACAGAAGGAGCAAUGCGACCAAUGCCCUGAAGCGUUUAACGGUGAAUUCGAGCUGUGCAAGCACAUAAAUCUCGCUCACGGUAAAUGUAGCGUUGUGAAACCAGACGUAGAAGUGAAAACGGAGGAUGCAGACAUGAAGAACAACUACCAAUGCACAAAAUGUCCGGAAAUCUAUCCUAACUUCGAGCAGUUAAAGCUGCAUUUCGAACAAAACCACACCUUUUCAACGGAGACUCAGUGUCAAAUGUGCGGUGAAAUGGUCCCUGGUUCAGACUUACAGAAGCAUAUUAAAAGUGCUCACACAGAGACCACAGUUCAGUGUAAAUACUGUGAGUUUAAUACAACAAAUAAAAAUAGUAUGACACAGCAUUUAUUAAGGCACAAAAAUGCCACAACGUUGCACUGUGAGUUUGCCGGUUGUAGAUACAAAAGUUAUUAUGAAGGUGCUAUGAUGAAGCACAAGCAAAAGCAUAAAGAGUUAGGUGUUAAGUUUCAAUGUUCCAAGUGUCCCUUUCAGUCGAUGAAUAAAUACAUUUUGAGAUACCACGAGGAAGCGCAUAUGACUGGAAAGAAAAGGUAUACAUGUGAUCAAUGUGACUAUGCUACCAUUUUGCCAGCGAACCUUGUUCAGCAUAAAUACAAGCAUUCUACGGAGAAAAGGUUUAAAUGUGAGGUGUGUCCGUUUGCAACGAAAUACAACACAUCCUUGCGUUUUCACGUUAAAAAGAAACACUGUGAUCUACCAAGUUUCAGUUGAGUUUAAAUGUUAGUAUUUUGUUUUAUUUUUACAUUAUUGAUAAUUAAAUAUUAAAGUAUUUGGUGUUAUGA